AUGUGGAAGCAAACUUCAGAGGUAACCUUGGAUGAGUAUUUCAGUUGCGGAAAAAGGACUGUGAUGGUCACGUCUUGGACGAACAACAAUCUGGAAAGGCAAUACGCAGCGUGCAAAAGGAUGGCAAAUAUUUUUGUGGAUCGACCCUCCAAUGUGUACAAGAGCUCGACAAAUCGUACAUUGGCUUUUGAAAAAUUGCCGAUAAGUCCUUGGGACUUAUCAAAUUUCAAAAGAAAGUCCUUUUUCCCUGUCGAACUCGCAAGCUCUCUAGUGGUCUGGUCCUAUGAUCCCCCGAAGAGAAUGUGCCUGUGCUCGCCGACGACGUACCCAAGGCCAUACCUCCGACCGAUUUGCUGA